AUGGAGGUGCUCGAAGAGGGAAAUUUAAUGGACAGAGUGCCUAUUUUACUACAGCGCGAUCUAGAGUUUUACCAGACACAUCAACGGGUGCUUCAGGAACCAAUUUGCUCAGGAGUUGUGGGUGGAAAAUUGGAUUUUCCACGUUACGCUUCCUUUGCAGCCAUUAAAUUAAUAAGAUGGUGGGAAGAUGAGUACUUUGCCUCUUACCGAAAGCCCUCUGGUCUGUUGCACACCGAAAAGGAAAUGAAUGAAGGAGAUUUCUCAAGUGUCACCGUGAAGACCUCCGAUCCGGAUAAGUUUGUGCAGCUAGUGACCAAAUCCGCUGAUUUACUUCUGGAGCACAUUCAUCGGCUCUCACAGGAGUCCCUGGAUCAUGCCGACUUAUCUGUGCUCACUGCCACAAUUGGAGCUGCCUCACUGGUUAAGAACUCCCUGAGUGUUUAUAUGCAAGCGGCCACCACAACUAUAUGUCCCCCCAAAGGCGAUGAAAAGGGAGGAGCUCUGAAGCUCAGUUUUAAGCAAUAUUCGCAGAUGUCAGAGGCUUUGGCUGAACGACUCCUGGACCUCCACUGCCGAUUGCUUUUACUCUAUAUAAUGCAGGAUGCCGACUGCCUGCACUGGGAGGAUACGCAACCGUUUUUCGAGUCAGAAAGGGGUUCCUAUACUGUUCAGAUGUGGUGGCAUUACAUGAGGGGCUCCAAAACCGAUCUGUGGAACUCGGUGCCCCCGAAAAUGGCCCAAAAGAUAUUCGCCGGAAUGCUGAACGAAACGCUGAGUGUACUGACUGUACGGUAUACCCAGAUAGUAACUAGUGUGGCUCGCUCUACACUGCAUUUGGUGGAUAUUUGCAAUAUGCUGCUCUGCAUCGCGGAGCUAUUGCCCCAUAUUUGUGAGAGUGGUGAGGCCUAUGUGGGCCUGCAGCUCAGUAACCAGAGUGUUAUUAUAAGGGAUAUCCACGCCAAGUGCAGGGAGCUCUUCUACUGCCUCCUCCUAAGGGGUUCUCCAUUAGGUGUGCUUUCGAAGGUAUUCCGCAAAGGCUUGGACAACAUGGAGAUGUUUAGCUCUCGCCACGGCUUGCCAAGUGCUUGGACCAUUUUCGCACUCCCCAGAUAUUUUCCCAAGGAACAGUCUUGUCAAUGGGUCACCGAAUUCUCCGAUCUUUCAACCAACACGGCUAUUUCAUUGGAUUUGAGGGUCUUAUUGGCCUUUCCAGAGGCAGAUUGGUCUUACCUGUUGAAGAUUUUGUUGAUGAGAGAUGCCUAUCUCACGGGCAUUAUAAUGCGCCACCUGAUGCAGUAUUUACCGUCUUCGGAAAACUUUAAAAACGUAGCAAAGAUAUCGUUUACCAGCGCAGAGGGUGCACCUCAAAAGUGCGAGGCAUUUUUGUGUCGCGGGGAGUGCUUCAAUGUCACCGAUUCUAUAGCAGGGGAUAUAGAUCCCGUGGGUCAAUCGAACUAUCAGAUAGUCCUCUCACUAACCUAUUUAGUGGUAGCUGUGGGCAAGGCGGUGGACAUUAAGUCCUGUCUGAUCAAAACCCUGGAGGAACACGCAAUCGCAGGUUGGAGCGACUGCCUGGACAAAAGACAGGUGUGGAACCAGAAGCGAACUCCCUGGUUGGAGGCCAUCAUGCACUUCGUAUACCCUGUUCUCGAUUGUGUGGUGGAUAUGUUGGUAAAUGCCGUGGAAAAUGGAGCGAGCAUGUACCAGGCCAUGUCUUUAGCUCUAACGUGUGUCUCCGAGAUCUGGGACUGCCUUCCCGAGGGUCUGUACAAAAUCGCCUCCUUGCUACAGGACAUUAUACCAGUCUCGACAAGGCCAUUGGGGGAUUCCGUGCUACUGCAGGUGGUUUUUGCAGCACUCUAUACAGAGCUGGUCAAAACAGCAGAGACGUAUGAACAGGCUAAAAAUGAAGACAAGGCCGCCAUUUGUUAUUCCAUAUCGGAGGCCAUUUGUUCAAUUGACGAGGACGACAAACACACGGAUCAAAUAGAACUAUUUCUUAAACAGGCCAAGGAGAGUAUUAACUUGGACACGGAUUUCGGAGGAACUCCAGGGAGCAAUAAUCGGGGGGCUGGAGGAAUGAGUGCUGUGAGUACGAUCAAAAUGGAUGACUUGGCCCUGACAAAUGCAGAGUCGGAUCGCCUGAGCCACAGUCCCCCAAAUAAUUACGCCAUGGAGCUGGAUGUGGGAAUCGCAGAUUAUAUAGCCGAAGUCCUGGUCAGCGAUGUUUUGACCACAAACAUAGGAAAGCAGGCCCUGAAAGUUGUUUAUAACUACUUGAAAUUCAACAAGGACUGGUUGCUUGAGCAGUUGGGGACGGGUGACAAUGAUCCGAGUCCUUUUCAAGGCAUCCAGGGUCAGAACAUCAAGGAGGCCAAGACCUCGGUUCUGAGGUCCAUGUUCUUCAUUGGGAACACCCCCUUCGACCAGCUGCUCACGGGCUCUUUGAAAAUCGACUACGUAAGCUGGCUGCAAAUGCCGUUGUCCUUGAAUCCGGAAAGGACCUGGCUGCAUUUAACCCGACGCUGCGACUUCCAAGAGGAUGCCAAGCUGUCGCUGCCCGAGGUGGCCAUGGUGGCCGGGAUUACAAAGAUAAUGAAGCGGCGCAAGGAGUUUCCCAAGUGA